AUAGUAUCGAGUGACUUCCUGUACUUUUUAUUGUGCUACGUGCAGCUGUACUGUUGAAUCUUCGGUGAGAGAGAUUUGCUUCAGAAUUUGGGUUUACAUUUAGAGACCACAAUAGAGGACGCCGGGAUGACCCUUAGGACAGACAGGAUCCUGGUGACUGGUGGGGCGGGAUUCCUGGGUCAGCACAUCGUCAAAAUGGUACAGGAGAGGGCGGACUACGUCAAAGAAAUUCGUGUGUUGGAUCUGAAACCAUUCACCAAACAACUAGAGUACGAGGACAAGGUUCCUUUGACAAGCAUGGUUGGCUCUGUCACGGACUAUAGCGUGGUAGAGGAAGCGUGUCGGAAAGCGUCCAGCGUGUUCCACGUGGCAGGCCUCAUCAGCUUUGGGACCUCACCAGACGUUGAGGCAAUGUUUGAGAUUAACGUCAUGGGGACGAAGAAAAUAAUCCAGGCGUGCGUGGAAUGCGGUGUUCAGAGACUGGUAUUGUGUAGUUCUGUCGACGUCGUUAUCGGGUUUGACGACAUCAGAAAUGGUUGUGAGCAGACGACAGGAAAACCGGAUACCUUUCUAUUCCCUGGAUACCCGGAGACAAAAUACAUGCAAGAAUGCAUGAUAUUACAGGCCAAUGGUGGACUUACUGUUAAUGGUGAUACACUUGCUACAGUCUCUCUGAGAGCCAAUGUGAUGUACGGUGAAGGUGACCAAUAUUAUGUUGCCAACGGACUGCGCUCAGCGCAAAGCAACACAGGGACACUUGUACAAGUGGGCGGUGGAAAAAAUCUGUUUCAACAGUGCUAUGCUGGAAACGCCGCCUGGGCAUUUGUUUGUGCUGACAAUGCCUUGAAAUCAGAUAAAUCCCUUGGAGGUCAAGCAUUCUUCAUACCAGACGACACCCCACUAUCGAAUUCUUUUGAAUUCAUGAAACCAUUCUUAGAAAGCAGAGAGAUGGGGCUGUCUUCCUACAGGAUUCCAUUCGCCGUGGUCUACUGGCCGCUGGUCAUUUUUGAAUUCAUAUUGAAGCUUAUUUCGCCAAUAGUGAGAAUCAAUUUUCAAACGGCAUCGUGCAGUGUCAAGUAUAUAAACAUGAACCUUUACUUCAAAAGAGACAAAGCAGAAAAAUAUUUGGACUACAGGCCCGUCUUUUCUCCUAGCGAGGCCAUGAAAAUGUCACUCAAAUUUUAUAAGCAUAUGAAGCUAUGAAAUUAAUAUAAACUGAGGAUUGUAUUGGAUUGCAAGAUACGUUUUGCUGGAGUGAAGUAACAUGGAAAAUUAUGUAACCCUAUUCUAUCAUAUGACAAUUUGAUAAAACUCAGACCAUUUGA